AUGCCUACCCCGGGCACGGUACCAACCCGACGCUUCAUCCUCCUACUAGUUACAGCCGUCGGUCUUGUCUCGCUCCUGACUUGGACGUUCUCUGGACGAAGGAACCUAGAUGCGACCUUCAGCUCCAUUCCCAUACACCAGGUCAGCGUGGACGAUGAUGUGCUGAAAGGGGAUGCGAUCAUGGGCAAGAUUGGGAAUGAGACAAUAAAAGCGGAAUUAGGGAGGGCUGCGUGGAAGUUAUUCCACACGACCAUGGCGAAGUUCCCGGAUAAGCCUUCGCAGGACGAGCAGACGGCGCUCUUUUCCUACAUACAUCUCUUUGCACGGCUUUAUCCAUGCGGCGAAUGUGCUGGCCAUUUCCGUCAGAUCCUCAAUAAGUUCCCUCCGCAAGUCUCGUCGCGCUCAUCCGCUGCGGCUUGGGCAUGCCACGCUCACAACGAAGUCAAUAAAUCUCUGGAGAAAGAUCUCUUCGACUGUUCUAACAUUGGAGACUUCUACGAUUGCGGUUGCGCUGAGGAAGAUGAGAAGAAGGAAAAGAAAGCGACGAAUACGGAUAGAAUUGAUUUGCAGGUGGAGAAGCUGGGGCCCACUAAGGGAGGUUAA